AUGGAGCUGAGGAAAUACUACAUCAGCAACAUCAUCUACAUCAGCUACAUCAGCGACAUCAUCUACAUCAGCAACAUCAUCUACAUCAGCUACAUCAGCAACAUCAUCUACAUCAGCUACAUCAGCGACAUCAUCUACAUCAGCAACAUCAUCUACAUCAGCAACAUCAUCUACAUCAGCAACAUCAUCUACAUCAGCUACAUCAUGGGUGCGGAGUCAGGCGCUCGAAGCAGAGGCUACAUCAGCUACAUCAGCUGCAUCAUCUACAUCAUCUACAUCAGCUACAUCAUCUACAUCACCAUCAGCAUCAUCUACAUCAGCUACAUCUACAUCAGCUACAGCUUCAUCAGCUACAUCAUCUACUUCAUCAUCAUCUACAUAAUCAGCUCCCUCUGCUACAUCAUCUACAUCAACAUAAGCUACAUUAUCUACAUCAUCAUCAGCUACAUCAGCUACAUCAUCAUCAGCUACAUCAUCUACAUCAUCAUCAGCUACAUUAUCUACAUCAGCUACAUCAUCAUCAGCUAUAUCAGCUACAUCAUCAUCAUCUACAUAAUCUACCUUAUCUACUUCAUCAUCAGCUACAUCAUCUACAUCAUUAUCAGCUACAUCAUCAUCAACUACGUCUUCUAUAUCAUCAUCAGCUACAUCAUCUACCUUAGCUACAUCAUCAUCAGCUACAUCAUCUACAUCACUUUCAGCUACAUCAUUUACCUUAGUUACAUCAUCAUCAGCUACAUCAUCUACAUCAUCAUCAGCUACAUCAUCUACAUCAUCAUCAGCUACAUCAUCUACCUUCACUACAUCAUCAUUAGCUACAUCAGCUACAUCAUCUACCUUAACUACAUCAUCAUCAGCUACAUCAUCAUCAGCUACAUCAGCUACAUCAUCUACCUUCACUACAUCAUCAUCAGCUACAUCAUCUACAUCAUUAUCAACUACAUCAUCAUCAACAACGUCUUCUACAUCAUCAUCAGCUACAUCAUCUACAUCAGCUACAUCAUCUACCUUAGUUACAUCAUCAUCAGCUACAUCAUCUACAUCAUUAUCAGCUACAUCAUCUACCUUAGCUACAUCAUCAUCAGCUACAUCAUCUACAUCAGCAUCAGCUACAUCAUCUACCUUCACUACAUCAUCAUCAGCUACCUCUCUACAUCAUCAUCACUACAUCAUCAUCAGCUACCUCACUACAUCAUCAUCAGCUACUUUAUCUACAUCAGCUACAUCAUCAUCAGCUACAUCAGCUACAUCAUCAUCAUCUACAUAAUCUACCUUAUCUACUUCAUCAUCAGCUACAUCAUCUACAUCAUUAUCAGCUACAUCAUCAUCAACUACGUCUUCUAUAUCAUCAUCAGCUACAUCAUCUACAUCAGCUACAUCAUUUACCUUAGUUACAUCAUCAUCAGCUACAUCAUCAUCAGCUACAUCAUCUACAUCAUCAUCAGCUACAUCAUCUACCUUCACUACAUCAUCAUCAGCUACCUCACUACAUCAUCACUACCUCACUACAUCAUCAUCAGCUACAUCAUCAUCAGCUACAUCAGCUACAUCAUCUACCUUCACUACAUCAUCAUCAGCUACAUCAUCUACAUCAUUAUCAACUACAUCAUCAUCAACUACGUCUUCUACAUCAUCAUCAGCUACAUCAUCUACAUCAGCUACAUCAUCUACCUUAGUUACAUCAUCAUCAGCUACAUCAUCUACAUCAUUAUCAGCUACAUCAUCUACCUUAGCUACAUCAUCAUCAGCUACAUCAUCUACAUCAGCAUCAGUUACAUCAUCUACCUUCACUACAUCAUCAUCAACUACCUACCUCACUACAUCAUUAUCAGCUACAUCAUCUACCUUAGCUACAUCAUCAUCAGCUACAUCAUCUACAUCAUCAUCAGCUACAUCAUCUACAUCAUCAGCUACAUCAUCUACAUCAUUAUCAGCUACCUCACUACAUCAUCAUCAGCUACAUCAUCUACAUCAUUAUCAGCUACAUCAUCUACCUUAACUACAUCAUCAUCAGCUACCUCACUACAUCAUCAUCAGCUACCUCACUACAUCAUCAUCAGCUACAUCAUCUACAUCAUUAUCAGCUACAUCAUCUACCUUCACUACAUCAUCAUCAGCUACAUCAUCUACAUCCUUAUCAGUUACAUCAUCUACCUUCACUACAUCAUCAUCAGCUACAUCAGCUACAUCAUCUACAUGCAAAGAUGGAAAAAGCCAUGGGUGUCACUGUCAUCUGCUCUUAAAUGA